CUUUACUUUCUUUUCAUAGAGAAAAUCUCUUCUGGCUUUAGAAAAGGAAGAGGAAGAAGAGAGAAAUAAGACCAUAGAGAGUUUGAAAACAGCACUAAGAACAAAACCGAUGAGGUUUGUAACCAGAUUCAUUGACUUGGAUGGCCUAUCAUGUAUUCUGAACUUUUUAAAGACCAUGGACUAUGAGACCUCAGAGUCUCGAAUACAUACCUCUCUCAUUGGAUGUAUAAAGGCGUUAAUGAACAACUCUCAAGGUCGGGCUCAUGUCCUGUCCCAUUCUGAGAGUAUUAAUGUAAUUGCUCAGAGUCUGAGCACAGAGAACAUUAAAACAAAGGUGGCUGUGCUGGAAAUCUUGGGCGCCGUGUGCCUGGUUCCCGGAGGCCACAAGAAGGUUCUACAGGCCAUGCUGCAUUAUCAGAAGUAUGCCAGUGAAAGAACCCGCUUUCAGACAUUAAUAAAUGACUUGGACAAAAGCACAGGGCGGUAUCGAGAUGAAGUGAGUCUCAAGACUGCCAUCAUGUCCUUCAUCAAUGCUGUGUUAAGCCAGGGCGCAGGAGUGGAAAGUUUGGACUUUAGACUUCAUCUUCGCUAUGAAUUUCUGAUGUUAGGAAUUCAACCUGUCAUAGAUAAGUUAAGAGAACAUGAAAAUUCAACACUAGAUCGGCAUUUAGAUUUUUUUGAAAUGCUCCGAAAUGAAGAUGAACUAGAAUUUGCCAAAAGAUUUGAACUGGUUCACAUAGACACAAAAAGUGCAACUCAGAUGUUUGAGCUGACCAGGAAGAGACUGACUCAUAGUGAAGCUUAUCCUCACUUCAUGUCCAUCUUGCACCACUGCCUACAAAUGCCUUACAAGAGAAGUGGCAACACCGUUCAGUACUGGCUGCUACUAGAUAGAAUUAUACAGCAAAUAGUUAUCCAGAAUGACAAAGGACAAGACCCUGACUCCACACCUUUGGAAAACUUUAAUAUUAAGAAUGUUGUACGAAUGUUGGUUAAUGAAAAUGAAGUUAAGCAGUGGAAAGAGCAAGCAGAAAAAAUGAGAAAAGAGCACAAUGAAUUACAGCAGAAAUUGGAGAAGAAAGAGCGAGAAUGUGAUGCCAAGACCCAAGAGAAGGAGGAGAUGAUGCAGACCUUAAAUAAAAUGAAAGAGAAACUUGAAAAGGAGACCACUGAGCAUAAGCAAGUCAAGCAGCAGGUGGCAGAUCUCACAGCACAGCUCCAUGAACUCAAUAGGAGAGCCGUCUGUGCUUCAGUCCCAGGUGGGCCCUCACCUGGAGCCCCAGGAGCACCUUUUCCUUCCUCUCUGCCAGGUUCUCUUCUUCCUCCACCACCACCACCUCUUUCAGAUGGAAUGAUUCCUCCUCCACCCCCACCUCUCCCUCCUGGUGGGCCUCCACCUCCUCCAGGGCCUCCUCCUUUAGGGGGAAUCCUGCCACCCCCUGGGGCUCCACUGGGCCUGGCACUCAAGAAGAAAAACAUUCCUCAGCCCACAAAUGCCCUGAAAUCCUUCAACUGGUCUAAGCUGCCUGAGAACAAGCUGGAAGGAACUGUAUGGACCGAAAUUGAUGAUACAAAAGUCUUUAAAAUUCUAGAUCUUGAAGACUUGGAAAGAACUUUCUCUGCCUACCAAAGACAGCAGGAUUUCUUUGUGAACAGUAACUCCAAGCAGAAAGAAACAGAUGCCAUCGAUGACACACUGAGUUCCAAACAUAAAGUGAAAGAGCUUUCAGUGAUUGAUGGUCGGAGAGCUCAGAAUUGCAACAUCCUUCUAUCAAGGUUGAAAUUAUCCAAUGAUGAAAUCAAAAGGGCAAUUCUAACAAUGGACGAACAAGAAGACCUGCCUAAGGAUAUGUUGGAACAGCUCUUGAAAUUUGUUCCUGAAAAAGGUGACAUUGACCUCUUGGAGGAACACAAGCAUGAACUGGAUCGAAUGGCCAAGGCUGACAGAUUCCUUUUUGAGAUGAGCCGAAUUAAUCACUAUCAGCAAAGAUUGCAAUCACUGUACUUCAAAAAGAAGUUUGCAGAGCGUGUGGCAGAAGUGAAGCCUAAAGUAGAAGCAAUCCGUUCUGGUUCAGAAGAGGUGUUUAGGAGCAGUGCCCUGAAGCAAUUGCUAGAAGUCGUUCUGGCAUUUGGAAAUUACAUGAAUAAAGGCCAGAGGGGCAAUGCAUAUGGAUUCAAGAUAUCCAGUCUAAACAAAAUUGCUGACACAAAAUCCAGUAUUGACAAGAACAUCACACUUUUGCACUAUCUCAUAACUAUUGUGGAAAAUAAAUACCCCAAGGUUCUCAACCUAAAUGAAGAAUUGCAGGACAUUCCUCAAGCAGCAAAAGUAAACAUGACUGAGCUGGACAAAGAAAUAAGUACUUUAAGGAGCGGCUUAAAAGCAGUAGAGAUGGAGCUGGAAUACCAGAAGUCUCAAUCUCCACAAUCUGGAGAUAAGUUUGUGUCUGUUGUCAGCCAGUUCAUCACAGUAGCCAGCUUCAGCUUCUCUGAAGUGGAAGACCUUCUAGCAGAAGCUAAAGACUUGUUUACAAAAGCUGUGAAACACUUUGGAGAAGAGGCUGGCAAAAUACAGCCAGAUGAGUUCUUUGGCAUUUUUGAUCAGUUUCUUCAGGCUGUGUCAGAAGCCAAGCAAGAGAAUGAAAAUAUGAGAAAGAAGAAGGAAGAGGAAGAACGCCGAGCCCGCAUGGAAGCUCAGCUCAAAGAGCAACGUGAAAGAGAACGUAAAAUGAGGAAAGCAAAAGAGAACAGUGAAGAAGGUGGAGAGUUUGAUGAUCUGGUUUCAGCUUUACGCUCUGGCGAAGUGUUUGACAAAGACCUCUCUAAACUGAAACGGAAUCGUAAGCGUAUCACCAACCAAAUGACGGACAGCAGCCGGGAAAGACCAGUCACAAAACUUAACUUCUAAUUAAUGUUCCUCGAAUACUUUUUUUUUUCUUUUUAGAAAGCUCAUUAGCAGUCCUUUGAAGUGACUAGAACUUUUCAUUAUACUGCCUUGCAGUUCAAACAGUGGCAACUUCUUCUGUCAUUUGUGAGUGGGUGAGUGAAUGUGUGUGUUUGUAAAUGUAUGUGUAUAUAUAUUAAAAAUGUACAUAGAAGUCUGGAUGUUGUCUGGAGAUCUAUAUGUAUGGUUUAAAAAAAGUCUAUGUUAAUGUGCCCAGAAACUCUUUGUGUAUGCAUUCAUAUUGAGUGUGGCUCAUUCUGUUCCCCUGAACACCAUGUCUGUUCAGAAGCACAAUACCAUCUCCUGAAAGAGAUAACAAAGACAUUCCCUAGAGUAGAAGAAAAGCAAAAGAGAGAGGGGGGGAAAAAAAGCUUGAGAAAUAUUUUAUGGUUUCCAAGCUUGUUAUUAUUGAAAUUAGUGUUGGAAAUGUAUAGAUUUGAAAUUUUUUUUUUUUUGAUAGUCGACAAUGGAGUGCUGGUACUUGACCUCAGUAACUGAUAGGACCAGCUAAGAAUUUCUGACAUUGGUGUGGUGGUGUGUUCUGUAUAAAUGUUGGUGGAGAACAUCUUGCACACAACCUGAACUAUGUUGAAUGUCAAUCAGAAUUUCUUGAUAUAUUUAAAACUUGGACAUUGAUUUCCCUCACCCCUCUUAUUUCAUCAAGUUCUCUGCCAAGUGCUCUUGAUGAGUUCUCUGCAUUGCUUUUGGUAAAGAACACUAUUUAUCUAAAUGCCACCCAUGCUCUUGUGAAACAAGAUUGCCAGAAUGUGCUAUUCUAACUAUAUAGAUAUAUGAACUUUAAAAGUCAAGUCUCCUACCCAAGAACUAAAAGGAGGAAUUCUUUGAUGGGAUAAACAUUAUUAAGUAACUUUUUUAUAGGGUGCCUUUUUUAAUUCUUCUUUCUUCUGUUUUGUAGUAUAGCUUACAUCUUCUGUAAAUAUAGUUCUGGACUAAAGGACAUGUAGUGAAUACACAAAAUAUUGACAACACCAACAGAGAUGCCAAGAUCCAUUUAUCUCUAAAGUCUGUUUGAAGUGGUUUGCUAUUUAUAUGUUGUCAUUUUAAAUUGUGUGUCAGUUUAAAGCUACCUGUAAAAUUUCAGUCCAAAAGAUAAAAGUUCUCAGGGAGAAAUGAAUAAAAACAAUGAGCAUUAGAGAAUAAAAUGUAGAUGCUUACCAUUAACCUACCAACUCUUAAUAUCCUUAAGUUAUAUGAUAUAUAAAGUGGACUGUUACUUUUUUUUUUUUUUUGCUUUAUUUAUUUGUAGUGGGGAGGGCUAAGUUGUGUGUGUAUGUGUGUGUGUGUGUGUGUGUGUGUGUGUGUGUGUGUGUGUGUGUGUUUUCUAUCCUUUUGCUGUUGGGUUUCCUGUGGAGAGAUAGUUUGUCCUGUUGCACUAGAACAUUAUUUACUCAUUAAAUUGAGUUUUUCAAUCAAUUAUCAAAUAUUUAUUAAAUUCCUACUAUGUGCCAGGCAUAGCAAGGCUACAAUGGUAAAGUAAGCAAGACAGAGUCCCUGCCCCAAAGAACUUGAUUUCUAAUGGGGAUGCCAAGGGGUGAAUAGAAUACCAAUUUGUGCGAUGUACAGGAAUUGUGCUAUUUAAAAAUAAUUUGUAUAAACUGUAAUGCUUAGCACAGAUGACAAGGUCUCUGUGCAGUGUGAAAGCUGUGAAAUAGUGCUCUAAGAAUUGUCAAGAGCUCUAGUUUUACUCCCCCCCCCGUUGCAAACUUUGUGACUUUCUAUACAUUAUAUGGAAGUAAAGGACUUAAGCAAAUAAUGGUCAUAAAUACACAGCAGAGGCUGUUCUCCUUCUACCCCAAGAUUCCAUGGUCUGCAAAGCUACCACUUUAAAGGUGCAAACAGAGACUUUGCUCAAAAGAAAGAAUAAAAAAAAAGAUGUGGAAAUGAGAAAGGAUGGGACGUGCGGAUGGUUUUGUCUAUUCCUUACUUAUCUAAAGUGCCUCUAUAUAUAUUCUUUUCUAUUUAUAGCAGGAGAGCUUUGGUCUGGCCCAAUUUGGGAACUGUAUUUUGAAAAUGGCUUUGUUCUGCAGUUUAAAGAAUGGACAAAUAAACUGAGAGUCACACAAAAGAGCAAGUUUGUGUAGCAUGUCCCUUUUGCCUUUUGUAAGCAUCCUCAUUUUGCUAUGGCCAUCCUGCUAGGCCACCCUUGUCAUUUACAUUUUUAGUUUCUUUCCCCCAAAAGCUGUGUGCAGGUAAUUCCAUGUGCCAUAGUUGAAAAACAAAAACAAACAAACAAAAUACCGUUAUAGAUUGGUGCUGGUGUAAGUAGCCACUUUUCUCUCUUGGGUGUAUAUUUUUAAAGUUUGGUUUUUUGUUUUGUUUUUUUAAAUUAAUGCCAAAAAAAGAAAAAGCAUUAUAAUUUGUAAGCUUAAUUAUAUGUCUUCUAUACUAUUAGCUUAGUAGUUGGAAACACUUAGUCUUUAGGUGCAAGACCAUUGUUAGAGUACCAAGGAAAACAUGUUGUAUGUGCUAUGAGACUGUACAUUUUUAACAUGACAAUAUGCAAUAAAGAGAUGAAUUCA